GAAGACUCCUGUUUUGACCUUUGGUUCCUUGUACCCUUUCCAAACCUGGGAUGUGAAGUAGCAGGAUGAACAAUUCCCAUCUCCAGCGAAGCUCUGCUGUUAUGGUCCAGUGCCAUCAGUGCCGUUUGCCACCUUACCUUACCCCUCGCCUGAAGAUCAUCACUCUUGCCGUGGCAGACCCUGACCUGCGACCCUAAGCAAUACGCUGCUGUCUGGUUUCACAGUGCAGAGCGAAAACACUCCCCCACUCACAAACCCAUCCCUCCAUGUACAGCUAUAUCCAGAAACUCCCUGCUUACCAGCGCCAGCUACCUAGCUGCCCUUCUCCUUCCAGCCAAGGAUUUCUCCUGGUUGUGGCUUGUCCUGUCCCCCUUUUCUCUCCCUCCCAGCUUUUACAUUUCUUGCGCUGCGUUUACCAACAGGGCAAUGUGACUUUUCACACUUCUCUCACUGACUUUUCUCAGUCCUCGCUGCCCUGCCGACUGGGCUGGGCAAAGCCUCUCCCCAGCCCCAGCUGACCAGACAUCUCCCCCCACCUUCCCCUCCCCUUCUCACCAGCCAAGCAAAGGAUUCCUCUCUCCCUCCCUCUCCCUUUCUUUUUCCACCCCUCCUACCUUCAGUGCAAACCCAAGACGCAGGAUCCCGCCGAGGGAAAGCAGCUCCUUGAAAUCAUCACUGCUGCCCCUGCUGCUAACAUGCAGAGGAGGAGGGAGAAAAAGACUCCACAGCCACUCUCCUGCAGCUGGGGGCUUCGCAGCGGGGUGAUGGCUUCGGGCUCUCGGAGAUUAUCUCUCACCUUCGUCCGGGGCGUGGGAUCUGUCUUCUUCAUCCUUCAGAUCAUCUCUGUACGGGCUGAUGGGAAAGUGUUUGCACUUGAGUCGAAGAACAACUCUCAGGGUCUGGAUUUAGCUGAAGCUGACAAAGCUUGUGUUGCCGUGAAUGCUCACUUAGCAACUGCAGAAGAACUGAAAAGAGCUGUUGUGGACUGUUCCUUCACUGGCUGCACCACAGGAUGGCUUGCUGAUGGCUCCGCUGGGACAAUUAUAUGCAGAAAGACGGGCAGCAAACAGCAGAGCGUGAAAGCCAUUGAUGUUAAAAUUGAAACCGAUCCCUUUGUGAAUGACCAAUAUGAUGCUUUUUGUGUAAAGGAUGAAGACAAGCCAUGCGGGGACCCGCCAUCCUUCCCUCACACCAUUCUGCACGGCCAUACUGGCUUUGAAAUGGGGGAUGAGCUGCUGUAUGUUUGUGCUCAGGGGUACGUCAUGGGCAACAAGGAGGCGGCAUUCACGCUGCUCUGCGACACUUGCGGGGAGUGGUACGGGCAGGUUCAGGCCUGUGUCAAAGAUGAAACGGAGGCACACAUUGACUAUGAAGAUAAUUUUCCUGAUGACAGAUCAAUACCAGUUGUUGAGAAUGAACAUGCCAAUGGCAAAGAGGAAAUUGAGCAGGAACAAGAACAGCCUUCUUUCAGUAAGAAUUCAGAGGAAAGUACCAGAGAGGUUACUCAGGACACACAUACUCCUGAAAAAGGAAGCAGGGUACCAACUGAAUCCCCUGUUUCACUCCUAAGCCAAAAAAAUUUGUUUUGGUUUCCAUCAGAGGCUUUCAGUGAGCCUGAAUCAGAGAAAGAGACAGAUGAUUCUACUAAAGUACAGUUUUCUGAGGGUGAUAACUAUAUUGGAGUGAAGACAGUCUAUGAUGAACCUGGUGCAAAAAUGUUUUAUGACAGUGAGGACUUCCCCAUUGGACCCAUUCUCACAAACAAUGAUACAAAGGCAGAGAUAGACAGAGUUGCCAUUACUGAUGAGUCUUGGUUAGAUGGCUAUCCUGUAACACAAGUGGUAGAGGAUGAUGAAGAGGAGGGGGAUAAAGCUGAUGGAUCGAUGGGAACAGAAGAAGAUAUUGUCCUCACAACUGACCAACCAAAUCAUGUUGAAGUUAGAAAAUUGGGCAAUGGUAGCCCAGUUCCAGAGGAAGGUUUAACACAAAUUGUGGCAACAACGAGGAUAGAUGAUGAAGGGGCCAAAGAGACACCAGUACCACCUACAUCAGUGAGUGGUCUGGAGGACUUCAGUGUGAGCAGAGGUUAUGAUGAUGUCGCAUGGGACCACCCAACUACAUCUCUGGAAACUGUGACUCAGGAGCCCGAUACAACAAUGCUGUUGGACAUAAGCAGCCUAAAAACAUCCACGUCAGAAACCUCUAUGAUGGUCAGCCCCUUUGAUCACACUACCUAUGAAGCAAAAGGAACAACAGCCUACCCGACGCAAGUAGCAACCACGGCACCAGCUCCAAAUAUCAUUACUGACACAUCACCCCAGGAAUUAGCCGAGCAAGAAAAUCUCACCCAGGGCCUUGGAGAAAACCCUGUCCCCACUUCUGAACCUUGUGAGGGAGAGGGUUGCCCCAAGUCAAGUAAAGGUGCUAUCAUAGCGGUAAUUGUGAUUCUUCUGUGCUUGUUUCUGGUUGCAGCUGUACUGGCUGUGUGUUUUUUCAAAAAACGGCAGCAGAAAAAUUCUAUCUAUAAACUAAAUGGAAGGUGUCAACCCAGGCAUCACUGCUACCACCACUACCACCACCAACACAUUGAAAUGCAGAAAGUCUAACCAGGGGUCUUUGGGGAGAGAUGCUGAUAUCAGAAGAAAAACAUACUGAUGCUAGAAGGAUCAAAUGACUCUUGGAUACUAAAAUCCAGCAGUGCAGAAAGCAGAAAACAAAACAAAACAAAACAAACAAAACAAAACAAAAACAAACAAACAAACAAAAACCAACAAACUAAAAGAACACAGAAGACAGAAAAGAUUUCAUCUGAUUGAAAUCACAGUUUAGCAUAUCUGACCUUUCAGAGCUAAAUAAUGUAAAUUAUGUUUUUAUCACAAGAGUCUUUGGGAGACAUCAGCAGGGCAUGGUUUGCUUGCUAGUACACCUACAAUUUGUUCCUCUUUUACAUUUUGCUCCUAUUAAUUGAUUAAUUGAUUAAUUGAUUAAUUUUUGUGUUACCUGGUUAUAAUCUAAUGGCAGGGCUGGUCAGGCCUCCUUGGACUAUUCUCAGUGGAAUGGGGAAAGAAGGAGGAAUGGAGGGGAGAAGGAUGUUUUUGGAGCAACCACACAUUUGCUGUUCGUUCCUUUUUGAGAACCUGACCAAGUUUGUCAGGAUAAACCACCAUAACAAAUUAUUGCUUGACAUGUCUUUAAAAGAAAAACUAUUUGCUACCAUACUUUAAUGGAUAGUAUUGCAAUGAUUACUAAGGUACUUUUCUUCAGUGUAAUGAAUUUAACAAGCCAAAAGUGUUGGAUUGCUAUGAUAUUUUUAUGGAAGGUGUUCUUUUAGCCUUAGUGAAGAAGUGCCAUUCUUAUACUAACCUUUUAUAGAAAUGAUGAUGCCUCCCUGGAAUUCAGAGAAUACUGCAAAGGCCAUAUUUCCUUUAAUGUCAGCAGGAGAGGAGUCAGAGCACCAUUGAUUUCAGGUGUUAUAAUGUCAUAUUACAGAACAGACAUUGAUGAAGUACCUUGCAGGGGAACCUAAUCUGAAGCCAGUCGCUUUUCUGAGCAUGAUAGCUACUGACCAAGAUUUUGAGUUUUAAUUCACAGCCAGUAGUACGUCUGGCAACCGAAGCUACAUGUAAUAUUUCUGCCAUAUGAGUUCUGUGAAAUGACUGAUUUUCACCAUUCUGCUCUUUCGUCAGCUGAAGAGGUGUCUGGGAUGGGCAACGACUGAUGAUGGGAAAUGGGCAACUGUUUUGAAUGCUGCUUUUUGUAGUCUUAAAGGUAAACUUCGGAAAGAGAGAAAUUGCAUCCACUUGACAAAAUGCAAAAAGUUGACUUUUAUACUGGGUGUUUGCAUGAAAACAUAGAGGCUUUUCCAACAGCAUGUUACAUGUCAAACAGUUUUGAAAAUAACUGUGGAUAUAGAGGAAGAUGGAGGAAGAUGUUUUCUAGAAUCCCUUCAAACAGUUCUGGUGUGUUUAGUAUGAAAUAUUCUUCCUUAACUUUCUGAAUGAAAAGGAGAAAGACUGACAACUCUGAAUAAUCUGCAGGUCAGAAAUGAAUUCAUCUGCCACUAUGUUGUACAACCUUAGCCAAAAUGCUCAAGCAGUUCAACACAUCAAAAUACUGGAAUAAUAAAAGGUGACUCGGUGGAGCCCUCCCAAUUUCAUGAUCUGCCUUGAGUCACAGUAGCAAUCACCUCUAACUCCAUGGAAGUUAGUUAACUUUAUGAAAUGGAGUGCAGAAUUUGGCCCGUCAGGCAUCAAUGCAUGCAUCCAUCAAUCAAUCCCAAUGCUGGUAAGGAAAACAAAGAUUUUUUAAAUGACAGAUACACAAUAUCUUGGAGAAUUUGUCUUCAGCAUGUUAAGAGUUAAACCUAAUUGCCUGGAAAAAGCCACAAUAAUUAAAGAACAACAGAAAAACUGUACAGAUUUGUAAAUACUGUGUUCUCUGACAUAUGCAUGACUAUAUGCUUUUAAUGCAUUCUAAAAUAUGAAAUAACCUAGAUUUUAUGUUGUAAACAAUUUUUUUUUUAUGCAGCAGUUUUUAAAAAACAAUGGAUUUAGUACUAAGGAACUUUAUGGAGACUGUUAACUAAAAUAUACUGUGUUUAAUCUUAUGGAAAUAUGCUGAAAAUGAACACAGGAACAUCCAUUAAAAUAUUGUUUAAAUGAAAGAUA